GGUGAUGGGAGCGAGGAGACAGGGAGGCUGAGGUGGAGAGUCAACCAGCUGGAGAAAGAAAAACUGGAGCUGACGUCCAUCCACAACCAGGAGCUGUGCAGGCUGCAGGCGGAGCUGACCCGGCUGAGGUCGUCAGUGGAGCGAGGUGAAGCUCAGAGGGAGGAGCUUCAGUAUCAGCUGACCGUGAGCCAGAGAGACGCCGACCGAGCUGCCCAGCUCAGCAGAGACAAACACACUCUCACAGAGCAAGCAGCAGAGCUCCAGCAGACAGUGCAGCAGCUGCAGAGAGCUCUGGACAUCACCCGACAGGCCAGGGAGGAGGACCAGCAUGCCUUGCAGCAGGAGGUUGAGGAGCGCGACAAACUUAUUCAGAGGUUCAGCUCCGAAAACCAACGACUGCAUCGACUACUGCAGGAUCAGGAGGAGGCUCUGGAGGAGUCGAAGAGGAGGAUGGCAGAGGUGAUGAAGGACAGAGAGAAGGAGGCUGAUCUGAACAGACGACAAGCAGAGGAACUGAAAUACCUGAUGGAGAGAGAGGAGAGGAGCAGGAGGGAGAAGGAGGUGUCAGAUCAGAGGGUGAAGUCUCUGGAGUCGAGCAUGGAGGCAGAGCGAGCAGCUCACCUGGAGUCCAAGUUCAACUCCGAGAUCAUCCAGCUGCGGGUGCGGGACCUGGAGGCGGCGGUGGCCGUGGAGCGGUCCGGCCAGCAGGAGGCGCAGUCCAGCCUGGAGCUGCUGAGAGCUCAGUUCAGAGAGGUCGAGAGAGCUUACAGCCUGGAGAGAGAGAGGAGUGGCAGCACUGAGCGCGCUCUGGAGCGGUUGCAGAAAGAGCACGAACAGUGUAAGUCUGACCUGAGCGCUGCUUUAGAAACUGAGAGGAAGACGACCUCUGACCUCUCAGAGCAGCUGGAGGGAGAAAAGAAACGACACGCCAACACACAGUCACUGCUGGAGCAGGCAGCUCAGAGGCAGUCUGAUACUGAAGAGGCUCAUGUGAACUGUGUGAAAAAGAUCAGAGAAACACUCCAACAACACAACACAGGCUGUAGUCCUCCUGCGGUGCAUGAUGGGAAACAGAGUCCAUCGGCUGAAGUCCUGCAGCUGCUGACGACGACACUCGGCAGCUACCAGCACAGACUGGAAGACACUGGGACGCAGAUCCAGGAUCUGCUUUUUGCAUCAGAAAGGCUACAGGAGGAGAACCAGACUCUCAGACAGCUGACCUCAGAUCAGAGCAGACAGAUCGAGGAGUCUCAGCAGGUGUUGGUUGAACUGGAGGCGGAGGUGACUCGCCUUCGGCAGGAGAGCUCUGAUUGGUCGACGCAGAGCCGCACUCUACAGGAUGAGCUGCAGAAAGAGAGGGAGGAGAGGAAGAGAGAGAAGGAGGAAGAGAGGGAGGAGAGGACGGCAAAAGUCCAGAAGAUAACUGAGCUCUACCAGAACGAGUCAAAGACCCGUCUGUCCUUCCUCUAUCGUCUGUACCAGCGCCUUCUGGCCGGCUGUGUCCUCCUCAGUCAGCCCCACAGCAUCCUGGGUAAUUUCACCUGGAAGGAGCUGUGUGAUGUCAUCAACGAACAGGUCGACCAGCUGACCUCUGACCUCCAGAAGGCCAACGACAAGAUCGCCCACCUGCAGAGUGUGUGUGAGAAGAAGAGUGUGUGCGUGCGCGAGCUGCAGCGCAGCCAGGAGUGCGUGCUGUCUCGUCUGGAGGACAGCGUGAGGAGGAGGGAGGAGGCGUGGAGCAGCCAACACGCACACACGGUGACGCGGCUGCAGAACGAGCUGCAGGUGUGUGGCUCUCAGUGCGACGCUCUCCGUGAUUGCGUCUCCUCUCUGGAGCUCCGCUGCUCCUCCCUGACCUCUGACCUCUCCCGGCUCCAGGGCCUCCUCUCUCGAAGCCGUAGGGAGUCGACCUCCUUCCUGUCAGCCUGCGCCCUGCUGGCCGGGGCGUUGAACCACAGCCACGGCCGUCUGCAAUCACUCUGUGAGCAGAAAACCCUCCUGUCCAGACGCCUGGCAGAGCGGGAGGUGCUGGAGGAGGAGGUGAGGAGGCUGGCUGAUGCUCUGCGGGGUGAGGAAGAGGAGGAGGAAGAGGAGGAAAGAGGAAGGAGGGCAGUUAGGAGGUGGAGGAGGAGUGUGUGUGUGGUGUUGGCAGUGAGGAGGUGGUGUGCACUGGCUAAAAAGACAACGGUGUUGUUUCGGCUGGAGAGAGGCGGCAGCAGUUUGGCCGUGUGUGUCUGUGCACGCUCGGCUACGGCAACACAGAAGGGUCAGGACACACCGAGUAAAGAUGAUGAUGAUGGUGAUGAAGGUCGUGAAGGUGUGUGUGCUCGGUGGCUUCGCUCUAAACGUCUGUCCUCCACAAUAAUGUCCUCCAUGGCCGACCUGCAGGGGGCGCUAGGACACACUGGCUCCUCCCAUCCAGAUGUGAUGUCAGCAGCUCGUUCAAGUUUCUCCCGCCUCCUGCAUUACCUCCUCGACCAAUCAGGCACAGCGUCCUGCAGCGUGGGCGAGGACACGCUGAGCGGCCGUCUGAGACUCGGCCUGAACAGACCGACGCCUCCACGACCCAACGUGAAGGCCCUGGUGUCCACCCUGCAGCAGCAGUUCCUGCUCUUCAGCCAACGGCUGCACUCGGCCGAGGUGGAGAGGCGGAGUCUGAGGCUGGAGGUGACCAAUCUGAAGAGAGGACUGCGACAGGAGAGAGAGGACACCUGCAGGACGGUCCCCGCCCAGCGGUUUCACAGUGUGUGUGUGGAGCUCCGUCAGGCUCUGAACAGAGAGCAGGAGGCUCAGACGCUGAUCCAGGAUCAGACCCACCGGCUGCACACGCUGCAGCUGCAAGUCGACGCACACACCUCCGAGCAGAACAGCACACAACACACACUGAGCCAGACCACGCAGACUCUGCAGGAGGCUCGGCAGGAGGCGAGUCGGAAGGAGCGCUCGCUGAGGAUUCUGGGUAAGCACCUGUCCGGAGUUCAGAAGGAGAGGAAGCAGCUGGAGGAGAGGCUGCAGCGAGCCGAGGACGAGCUGAGGGACGCCGCCAGACGUAAAGAUCGUCUGAUCAGCUACAUGAAGGCUGCAGAGGCCAGCUACAAGGAGGUCAGGGAAAGUCUGAUCCAAUCACGGCGCUCCCUGUCAGCUCUGCCCCACCCCCUGCUGUUACCAAGGGAACACCUGGAGCAGAGUGGAGCAGACAGCAUCAUGGGAGCUCCUGAGGUGGCAGCGUGCCAGAGUCUUCUCUCCGUCGUCUCUCAGGUCUGUCACACCUUCGGCUCCAGGAUUGAUUGGUUGGAGCAGGAGGUCUCCGCCCACCGCAGUCAUGUGACCGCUCUGCGCAGCGAACUGCAGGACGCCUGUCUCCGUGACAACAUGGCCUUUGUCCCUGUGACUGAGUUUCCUGAAACGCUGCCGCUCGCUGACGUGGAAUCGCCUCAGCCUGUUCCCGUCUCAGAUUCCUCAAAGGAACCAGCAGAGAAUUCAAACCCCGCCCCUUCCUCCCCCGUCUCCUCCCCCACCUCCUCCCCCCUCUCCAAACCCCCCAGGACCAAAACGAAGGAGAAGAAAAUCCCAAAGAAGAACAGAGGCCAUGUGAAGAGCGGCGGGAGGAGAUAAAUAGAUAGAUCGGAAAACUGAAGAAAAACUUUGUGUUGUAGUUCAGCCGUUCACCAACACAGCGCCCCCCCCAGACAGUUUGGAAAGUCUGGAAAUGUUUGUAAUGGAUCCGUCCUGGGUCAUGGAAACUCUUCAACAUGCUCCUGGAAAGUCCUGGAAACGUCCAGACAAUCAAAACUUUAUUUAUACAGUAGAAAAGAAACAUUUAUUCAGCGUGUGUGUGUGUGUGUGCGUGUGUGUGUGUGUGUGUGUGUGUGUGUGUGUGUGUUCA